AUGGCCCCUCCUGCGCACGUUGAUGAUUAUUACGACAUUCUCAACAUAUCGAAUACUGCCGCUGCUGGAGAAGUGAUCGCUAUUUAUAGAAGACUAGUAAAGAUCCGGCAUCCUGACAAAAAGCGCGGCUCGACAGAUGCGUUUCAACAGCUCGGGAAAGCUUAUGAGAUCCUCAAAGACCCUGUAGAACGACGUGCGUACGAUUCGGUAUGGCCAGGCAUCAGAGAUCGUCUACGAACACAGCACCAAUCGGAUUUGCGCCAAGCUGAAGCUGCCGAGGCAGAAACGCGGAGGGAGGCUGAAGCAAGGGCGAAAAACAAAGAGGAAGAUGAAGCAAGAAGGAGCAGGGGAGCUGAAGCGAGGGCGAAAGAUCUGGAAAAUGCAGGACGACAGAAAGUCCUUCAAUCUUGGCGAGUGAGCAAGGCGAGAUACGACAAAGAUAUCUCCGACUUACAUCAGCACACAACACUGCUUGAAAAAGACUUGAAUCAACUCGAGGACCAGGAUAAUGAGGAUUCCAGAAUUGAGCACGAUGCAAACUAG